AUGACAAAUAAACAACAAAGGUCCCCACCAACUGUCACCGAAGCUUGGCAGCCGCGCGACAGGCUCGCAGCAUUCGCUGGCAAUGGGAGCUCGCGCGGGCUGCCGGGAAAUUCGAGUCCCCUACCUGCUGGGGCUUGGGUGUUCGUUACACGCCCCCGUCCCUACAGGUCUAAGGGCCGUUUAAAUCCUCCAGAAUUCGAAUCCUACCCCAUCGAUCCAGCUUGCUCUACGCCCCGCCCACCUCGCCGUGCCAGAUUCCUCCUUUCUGCGCAGGCGCAAAAGCGAGCCGCCCGGCGCCUGUUGGGAAGCGUAGUUUCUGGAGUCCAGAUUAGACGAAAAUGCGAAGGAAAGGCGGGAGGACUAAAGACUACAAGAACCAGAGCCUCGGAGAAACCGCGAUGGGGGGAAUACCCUUGUCUUCUCGGGACGGGGUCCGCAGAAGGGAGUCUCCCAUGUUUAGGCAGCCUAGUUUCGGCCGAGUUCGGGAGUGCCCCGGUAAGGCGGAAGCGGCUUUUCUUACGUCUUCCGGUCACCGGCCGGCGAGGGGCCGCGGUGGGUAACUGGGCUCCAGCAGAAGCUCCUCUCGUCACGUCUGGGGGAUUCGAGCUCGCGCCGACGGAGGGCGGUCCCCGGGUGGCCUUGUCGUGCGGGCCGACUGUGAUCGGACCCGGGCCGCUGCUGGGUAUAACAGACAAACGAAUAUCAAGAAGACAUGCCAUCCUAGAGGUGCUGGAUGAUCAACUUAGAAUCAAACCGACCCAUAUAAAUCCUUGUUUUUAUCAGUCUUCUGAAAAGAGCCAGGUAUUGCUAGAGAUAAAUAAAUGGCAUUGGUUGAAUCCUGGAGAUAGUUUUUCCUUAUUGGUUGACAAAUAUAUUUUCCAUGUUUUCUCUACACGUUCUGAAAUGGAAUGCACUUUAUGGUAAGAGAAAUCGAUGCUUAGCGAAGAUGAUGCAUUCAAUGAAUCACCGACGUCUCCUAUAAAUAGCUUUCCUGCUACUGUUGAAUAUGCUAGUACUCCUGUGAAACCACGGUCACAUUGUACCAAACAUAUUAAUUCAAGCCAGUGCUCAGAGCUGGAGGCACCAACGGAAGUAGCCAUGCCAGUCAAUGAACCACAGAAUAAUUGGCUUUUUCCUUCAAAAUACAGAAAAACUAGUGAGCAACCAAACUCUCUCCAGAGGAAACGAAUUCUUCCAGCUUGGAUGGUUCAGGGAUAUCUAAAUGUUAAAAACCUUGAGGUACCAUUUUCCCUGGAAGCAUCAAAAAGGAAAAAAAGAUUGUCUCCCUCAGAGAAUUCAGAAAAUAUUGAAGCAGAACAAGACCGAAGGAAUGAAUGCAGACGUACUGACCAAAAAGACUCUACCAGUUCAUCAAAGGAAGCGAAUGGAUCAUCUGUUGUAAUAGAUGUUAGUAAAACAGAGGUGACCGAGUCCAUGUCUGAGAGAUCUGAAAUACAAGGAAAGCAAAUCAAUGAAAAUCUCCAUGAUGAGUGUGAACAUAGAACAUCUCCUAGGAACAAAAGAAGUAAGAUGGAUGAAAAUGAAAAAGAUGUACCCAUGGAACAUUCUGGGAAUCCCAAGAGUCACCAUGCCAGUGUAUUGCAAAGUAAAGACCAAUGGCUUGGCCCAGAACUGAGCUGUGACGCUGAAGCUUCUAGUUCAGUUACAAGCCUAGCUGGUCCACAAGAUUCUGGGAAAAACCAUCCCAGGAGAAUACCUUGCCUUUAUGGAGCAAGUUGCUACAGGAAGAAUCCUGUCCAUUUUCAACAGUUCAGCCACCCUGGUGAUAGGGACUAUAGAGAGGCACAAGUUAUGAAUGGAGAUGAGGAUGACAACAGACCUGAAUGCCCAUAUGGAGCUUCUUGUUACAGGAAGAAUCCUCAGCACAAGAUAGAAUACAAGCAUAGUAAACCAUCAGAGAUGAAAACCAAAAGAUCCAGACAAAAAGCUACUAAAAAAGGUACAAGUGUUUUGGAUGAAGAUAGUGAUAAUGAUGGCCAACCAAAUGAGUAUGAUUUAAAUGACAGCUUUUUAGAUGAUGAAGAAGAAGAGUAUGAACCAACAGAUGAGGAUUCUGACUGGGAACCAGAAAAUGAAGACCAAGAAGGUGAAGAUGUUGAAGAACUUUUGAAAGAAGCAAAAAAGUUCAUGAAAAGAAACAAAUAAUUCCUCCUUCAGUAAUAUGCAGUAUUACAUAUUAAGUUGAUUUUCUCUUUAAAAAAGACAUCCAGGGUUGAGGCACAUGGGCAGUAAUUGUUUUUCUAUCUUUUAUAGUUUUAGUUUUUAAUCUUGUCCUUUUGAAGUUAUAAAAGUUUAAGCUUUCAGUAUCAUGGAAUAGCUACUCAGCUAUCAUGCUUUUGUAUUGUAAAAAUAAAUUUAACUUAACUGCCUUGAUUUUUUAAUUUUGUUCCUAAAUGUUCAAGAGAGAACUGAGUUAAGUAGCAACUUUUUUUUUCUCCUGUACUUUUCCUCUGGUAAUAAAAAGUGAAAAAUAAUAGACUUAGAGAAUCUGUUUUGGAUAUAUUGCUUUUUCAUUGACCAGCAGUUUUGUCUUUAAGGAGAAAAAAAAUGCUAUGUAAAUACAUUCAAAAAGUUGAAGUUGAAAUCUUUCUUGGUUAUCAUAGACAGUUCUUUUAAAUUGAACCAGAUUUUUAAAAAUGAUAGUCUUUACGUAAUGGUUGUACUUUAAAAAACUAGUCUAAGAGUGACUGCUGCAAUUUUUCAGACUACUUUUGUUCUUAGGAACUUGGGGGGAAAAUCAGUCAAAAUGGAUCCUGAUAAUGAUGAACAUAAGUAUUGACUUUGCAGGGGAUGCCAUUUUAUGGCCCACAUCAUAUUACUGUAAUUUUUGGCUUUUCUUAGUUUAAGUGUGGAAAAGCUUGAUAGCUUUAUGUGAAAUUGUAGUCUCAGGGAAUAAUUUUUAACUCUGAAGAAGCUUUCUUUAUAUUAAGAAUAUGGGAAUAAUUGGGAUAAUUACUUGUGUUUUGUUUGGCCUUUGCUCUAGAUGAAAAUUACAACUCAUGUGUUGGUACUUUUUUAGCUGGUGAAAAUAGUUCAUUUCCCUAGUGACAUAAGGGGAACAUUCAUCAGAUUGAAUAAAGAUUAUUUUAAAAAUUAUGAUGUUUACAUUUUAGCUUAGUUUGUAUCAAAAACAGGUCUUAGGAAAUUAGGAUGCUACAUAUGUGAAGGAAAGGAGAUCUCCUCUUUUACUCAUACCUCUCAGUAACAAUCGAGUACGUACAUGUAAGAGAGACAGGAGGUGUCACAUGGAAAUCAAGAAUCUCUAAAUCCAAAGGUAUCUUUGUAAAGCUAAACCAUAAUACUAGCCUAUUCAUAUUAUUUCAUUUUUUUAAAAAAAGCUUUUUGUUAAAAUUCCAUAGUUGGGCAGCUAGGUGGCACAGUAGAUAAAGUACCAGCCCUGGAUUAAGGAGGACCUGAGUUCAAAUCCAGCCUCAGGUACUUGACACUUACUAACUGUGUGACCCUGGGCAAGUCACUUAACCCUCAUUACCCUGCCUCCCCCCCCAAAGGCUUAAAAUUCUAUAGUCAAGCUCAGUAUUGGACUAAUAUCUUUUAAAAUUCCAGGUAAUUACGAAGUACUUAAAACAGGGUUAUGAGAAAUGAACUUACAUUCCUUAGGCAUAAGAGCUUAACUAUUCUUAUUUUAUAUUUUCUGGGGUUUUUUUGGUCCAUACCUGUUAUUUGAUUACUGUAAAGAAACUGUGAUGUGGAAACUCCUUCUACAGAUGCAGAGAUGCUCAACUCUUUAUCUGUAACUGAGAAUCCUAGAGAAUUGCCUACAACACUGAGUGAGCCCAAAUCUUCAUGAGGCCAAGGCCAGACCUCCCUCGUUUAUGCUGUGUUGGUUCUGAUUUAGUAGCUCAUAUAGCUCUUCUCACUUUACUGUCAUCUUGGCACUUUCAUAUAUUUAAGAAUUAAAGGUUUAUGUUUAAACAUA